AUGAACGAUUAAAAAAGAUUGGAAGAAAUUGGAAUUCAAAGGAAGGAGCUGAUUUUAAAAAAAACCAAAAUUUAACUUUAAUAUAAUGAAAAAGAGCAGAAGAUUGCGUAUAUUAAGGAUGGAGAAAUAUUAAGGUAGUGUGCUGAGUAGUAUAUUAGGGAAUUGCUAAAUAAUUCAAUUUAAAGUCCUCAAAAAAUUAUAAAUCUAGAGCAUCUAAAACAUUUAGAUUGGGAAUUCGGAUUAAAGAAAGAUCAAAAAGAGUUGUGGUUCGCAAAAUGGAAAGGACAUUAAUUAUUAGUUGGUGGUUGCUUUAAUGAAAAUAAUUAAAAAGUAGGAAAAUGGAUAGAAUUAUCAGAAUAUUUUUGGGACCUUUGUAGAAUGACUCAUUAAGGGUUUUAUAAUAAUGGAAUAAAAGUUGGAUAAUGGAAUACAAAAGUAGAUGAAAAAAUCAUGUAAAAACUAUUUGGAUUAGUUAGUGGUGGAGGGCUUUUUGAUGAUUUAGGACAAAAAUAAGGAAAAUGGAUUGAAAUGCAUCAAAAUUUCUAUAAUGGAUAAGAAGUUAAACAUGAAGGAGAGUAUAAAGAUGGAAAAGAAUUUGGAAAAUGGGAUACAUUUUUUAAGAAUAAAAUUAUAGGAGGAGGAUAAUAUGAUAAUGAUGGUUUGAAAUUUGGAAACUGGAUAGAACUAAGUGACAAUUUUAUUGAGUAUUAUAUUUUGUUUCCUCUAGGUAUGGUUAAGUGUCAUACAAAGGAGAAUAUAUCAAAGGUAAGAAGAAUGGAAGAUGGGAUUCGUAUGACAAAAAGAAAUUAAUGUAUUAUUGAAGAUAUUAAUAUUAGUGGGGGCGGUCUUUAUAACCAGGAUGGGUUGAAGGAUGGUAAUUGGAUUGAUUUACAUGAUGAUUAUUGGCAAUUUUGCUAAGUUACUUAUUUAGGAGAGUAUUCUAAUGGAAUCAAAUAAAAAUAAUGGAAAUCCAACUAUUAUUAAAGCAACGUGUAAUAAUUAUAAAAGAUUUUAAGUGGAGGUGGAAUUUAUGAUGAAUUUGGUCAAAAAUAAGGAAGAUGGGUUGAUUUACAUGAUAAUUUUCAUAAUGGGUGCUAAGUUACUUUAGUUGGAGAAUAUUAAAAUAAUAAAAAAGUCGGUUAAUGGGAUGCCAUGUAUAUGGAAUAAAAUCUCAAAGAUGUUAGAAAGAUUGGUGGUGGUAUUUAUGAUGAAAAUGAAACCAAAGUUGGAUUUUGGAUGGAUUUGCAUGAAUACUUUUGCGAUACCUAAUACAUAAUUAUUAGUGGAUAAUACAAAAACGGAAUUAAAGUUGGAAAAGUUGAAAUUGAAUUUAAGAAAUAAUAUGAAAAUGAAUAGAAAAAAAUAGGUGGAGGUAUAAUUGAUGAAAAUGGAUUAAAAGAUGGAUAAUGGAUAGAGUUAUCCGAUACCUUUUGUUUCUUUUAAUUUGAUACAAUCAUAAAUUAAUAUAAAAAUGGACGAAAAAUUAAACAAGAUGGAAAAAGUUGA